AUGAAUGCCUUGAGCGGGCUUUGCACUUUGACCCUUGUGUGGCUACCAGUGCACUUGUGGCAGACGCAGAAGGAUUGGGGAAAGCUGAAGCAAUGUAUGGUUUCCGUGAUGGGGCAUGUCCUCAUGGCUGCGCACAAUGAUGCCAAAGAAGCUCGAGUUGAAGAAGAGUUCUUGAAGAUUCGCAGGACCAAUUACAAGUUCUUUUGCCGUGGCCUUUGUCAUGUAGAUUUUGUCUUGAGCCUGUUUUUUGGCUACAAGGUCUUCGAAGCUCCUGGUCUUGACAGCAUGGCUCUAUUUGUCAUGUGCAUCAUCUCCUAUGUGCACUACUCCACGGUUUCCAAGGAUUCCGUGCACCUUACCGCUUGUCAGCUCAAAGUUGCAAGCUACCUACUGCACGUUUUGUGCAUGGGAGGGAUUCUAGCGGCAGCUUUCCCUGGGAAUGCCAGCAAUGUGGCAAUGAACCAAGGAUUUGCGAUCACAUUUCGUUUCUGCCUCGUUUUUGCCUUUCUGGAUCCGUGGAUGACUAUUCCUUUUCAAGUGUUGUAUACAACUUUGGAGCUGCUGAUUUAUUUCUGUGUGCUCGCUCCCGGAGUUGAAGUGAUGCAGCUGUGCUGUGCGCAACUCUUCUUGUUUCUCCUCGUGACCGUGUCUUCGGUGCUCAUGGAUGUCGCGCUUCGAGGACAGAUCGAUGCACUCCUGGAUACAGCUGAUGCUGACUCCUUGAUCUCCAGCUUCCGGAGCAUGUUACGCGGGGUCUGCGAUGGCGAGGUGCUGCUGGACAGCGGAAUGAAUGUGGCUCGAGAGAGCGAAUGCUUGCAACAUUUGAUACUAUCUGAAGUCAGCCUUGUGGGCAGAUCCUUUGAACGCUUAAUUGUUGCUGAGGACAGAAAGCGUUUUAGCGAUUUCAUGAAGUCCUCGAUCAAUGCGGCAUCCAAAUCAGCGAAUGCUGGUACUCCUUCGUGUUUACGCAUCUUGCUGAAUGGGUCGGCAGACAUCAAAGUCGGUGCUGAUAUUUUCCAUGUGCCUGUUCCAGGGCUGUUUGGUGCCAAAGAACCCUACCACCUCCUUGCUUUCAAGGAGGAUCCUGAUUGUCGGCCACAAAUUGAGGCUGCAGAUGAGGCAAUACCUCAAGCACUUCGGCCCAAUCUAUUGCAACAGACAACACAUGAAGAUUGCACCUCGGUGGCAUCGGGAGGCACAACAAGAAGCAUCAGAACGCAUCCUCUUUGUCCUGAAAUGAAGGAGAUGACCUUGCUCGUGGACGUGGAGACAGAACUUCAAGAUGUGCAAGAAGCACACCUGAGAUUUCAGCGUGGGGAUCAGGGUGAUCUUGCUUCAGGCAUCCAAAGCCAAAUGCCCUGCUUGCGAAAGCUAGUUAAGACCUGUGACUGGGAACGGGUGCGCUGCAGCGUUUGGCGAUUUGCGCAGGCCGCGCGAGGGAAUCCCCGCAUUGCGCCCAAAGUUUUGAAACGCCUCAGUGUCCAGCUGCCUGGAUUCCCUGGUAGAAUCACUUCGGAGCAGGCAAUUCUCAAGCCAUUCCCCAAUGGUUGGAAGGUCUGGCUGCAUUGCACCGAAUGUCGCCCGGAGAAAUCGUCGGCAUGCCUGGAUAGCAUUGAGGAGCGGCAGGUCUCACCCGUCAGAGCUGCUUCGAAGCAUGAAUGA